GUACAAAAAUUCGAAUACUGUUCUACAUAAAUGAACUGUACAUAAAGAUAUUACGUAGAAUAACGUUAUCGAAUGAAAGAGAAAGAACAAAUUCAUGCUGUCUAUUGAGUUAUUUACUAACGUGUCAUAUAACCUACAAUUUGUACUUUCGUAGUGUGCAAAAUUGCUUGGUAUUUGUCGAUUGUAAAAGGAAAGGUAUGAAACAGAGAGCCUGUAAUUAUUUCUUAGCAAAGAGCACUUUUACUUUGAAGCCUUGAGAGAACAGACCUUUGAAUUAAAUCUAAGUUCAAGUUUAUUAGAAGUUACUAUGGCAGAUACUCAAGAAUCAUUACUUUUAAAAAUUAAAGAACAAGGUGAUCUUGUGAGAAAAUUGAAAGCUGCGAAAGAAUCAAGUGAAAAGGCUAAGAAGACUAAUUUACAGUACAAUUUACCAGAGAUUGAGAAACAUUUAUGUGAUUAUAGUUACGUUUGUGGGUACACUCCCAGUUAUUGUGAUAUAGAAUUAAAGAAUGACUUAGGAAAGAAUAUAGAUUUUGAGAAAUACACAUCCAUCAAGAGGUGGUGGUACCAUAUGGGGAGUUUCAGUGACUUUGAAAUAUCAUUGUUACCUAGAUUGAGUCCUCCUAAAGUGUUGGAAAAAGUGAAAGAUGGGACCGCAAUAGAUCAGCAGAUUCAGGAGGAAGUUGCUAAGCUAUUAGCAUUGAAAGCACAGUUGGCUCCGGCUGAAGAUGCAGCUCCCCAAAAAUUCACCCUUAAGACCCCUAAAGGUACACGGGAUUAUAACCCCCAACAGAUGAGCAUAAGGAAUGGAGUCCUACAAAAGAUUAUUGCUGUAUUCAAGAGACACGGUGCUGAAUGUAUUGACACACCUGUCUUUGAGCUGAAGGAAGUUUUAACCGGAAAGUAUGGUGAGGAUUCUAAACUGAUCUAUGACUUGAAAGACCAAGGAGGUGAAAUUCUGUCUCUGAGGUAUGACCUGACGGUGCCACUCGCGCGGUACCUGGCAAUGAAUAAGAUCAACACUCUGAAGAGAUACCACAUUGCUAAGGUAUACCGCCGAGACAAUCCUGCGAUGACUAGAGGCAGAUACAGGGAGUUCUACCAAUGUGAUUUCGACAUAGCAGGCCAAUAUGACCCCAUGGUGCCUGACGCGGAAUGCCUAAAGGUAGUCACUGAGAUAUUGGAUGCCCUUGAGAUCGGCUCGUACGUUUUGAAAGUAAAUCACCGGCGGCUACUAGACGGCAUGUUCGAAGCUUGCGGAGUUCCCGCUGACAAGUUUAGAACUACUUGCUCCACUGUUGAUAAGUUAGAUAAGUCGCCAUGGGAAGAGGUGAGGACUGAAAUGAUAAAUGAGAAGGGCAUAUCGCCGGACGCUGCCGACAGAAUAGGCGAGUAUGUACGACUGAACGGAGGCGUGGAACUGGCUGAUAAACUCCUUACUGAUGAGAAACUGUCCAAGACUAAGGCUGCGGUUGAAGGUCUGCAAGGGAUCAAAUUGCUGUUGGAGUAUUGCGGCCUCUUUGGUAUCCAGGAUAAGAUAUUGUUUGAUCUUAGUCUGGCUAGAGGCCUGGAUUAUUACACUGGUGUUAUAUACGAGGCUGUGUUGACGCAGCCAAUUAAAAUCGGCAAUGAAGACCAGACUGUCGGAUCCAUCGCUGGCGGUGGCCGAUACGAUAACCUUGUUGGCAUGUUCGAUUCGAAGCAUAAGCAGGUACCAUGCGUAGGCGUCAGUAUCGGCGUCGAGCGUAUAUUCUCCGUGUUGGAAGCUAAACUAGCCGCGGGCGACAUAUCUGUGCGUACAAGUGAAGUUGACGUAUACGUUGCGUCUGCGCAGAAGAACUUCCUUGAAGAACGUAUGAAGAUCUGCGCUGAGCUGUGGAAUGCUGGAAUUAAAACCGAGCAGUCCUACAAGAAGAACCCAAAGAUGUUGAAUCAGCUUCAGCACUGUGAAGAGAACGGCAUUCCUCUAGCAGUUGUAUUGGGCGAGUCGGAACUCAAACGAGGAGUCGUCAAAGUAAGGAACAUCACCACAAGACAAGAGGAUGAAGUACCUAGGGACAAACUUGUUGAAGAUCUUAAGACUAGAAUUGCAGCAUUAAAUGUCAAAGAACUCAACGGAUCAGCGUAAUUUGACUCUAGUAUAUUUGAGGUAUUUAAAACAAUAUUCACUUGUUAUAUUGCAAAUUCGACUUUAUAUUAAAUGGAAUAAGGUUUGUUUUGUAGUGUAUGUAUGUGAAUGGUUGUUUAAAUACGUCAUAAGGUUACAAUCCAACUCGUAUUCUAAAUUAUUAUGUUCAGAUUUAGAAUGUUGGUAUUUAAGAAUGAGUCACAAGACUGUUGCUAGUUCAUCUUCUAUAGAAAUUCUAUAGAUCCUUAUUUUCUAAAGAAACUAGCCGAGGUAUGAAACCUUAUUUACUAUGCUUUCGUACUAACUAACAAAUCUAAGCCUUCAAUUCUGAUUUAGGGUUAAUUUUAUUUUAAAACAUCAUUACAAUUUCAGUUAAACGUGCUGACAAAUAUAAUUGAUUGGUCUUAUUUGAAAUGUCAAUGUUUAAAUGAGGUGACUCUGUUUAUAAACAAUUGCUAUACCCUUAAAUAUCUGCCUUUGUUCCUAAAGCUGCCAGAAUUUAUGCAGCUGCACGUUAAAGCUGUCUUUAGACCGCAAAGCGACUUCUCUUUAUGUUAUAAGUAAAGUCAAUUUGCCUCAAAAGAGUUAUUGACUUCCAAUAACAAUUUUAAUGUUGAUUGACUUAAAGACAAAUAAAUCUAAAAUAUACAUUGUUACAUUUACUGCGAUUUGAAACUUUAUUUGGAUACAGUUUGAGUAUCAAUUGCAAUGCAUUUGGAUGCGUAAUAAAUUUUGAUUAAGAAUAGAAUUUGUACUUACCUAUCCAAAAAAUUGGUCUUAAAAGGUCUUAAAAGGUAUAUACCUUAUACCUCUAAAUAUUAAGUGAUUUUUAUUUUUUUUUCUACUGUAACAUGUAUCACAAAAUGUCUUGCAUUUUUUCUCUGUACCUACGUUUUUACGAUUUUAAAUAAUUAAAAUGUUAAGUUAAAUUUAGUUCUUCUUAGCAUUUUAAAACAACUUAGUAAUUUAUUGUAGCGACGAAAUUUUAAGUUUAAAACCCCUAAAUAUAAAGUAUGCGUCAAUCCAUUUUUGUAUAUGUGUGAGUUACAAUAUUCGUUUUAAUAAAUUAUGAAAUUAA